CGCGGCGGCGCCCCGGCGUCGGUGCUGCUGCCGGUACCGUCCUUGCCCGCCAGCUCCCUCCGGGCUGCCCGUCCAUCCCUCCGGCCGUCCGUCCCCCUCUCCAUCCCCGCCCGCUUUGUUUUCUCGCCGUCCGCGGGCUCGGGCCCCCCACGCCGCUGCCACCCUGAAGUUUCUGGCGGUGCUGCUGGCGGCGGGCAUGCUGGCUUUCCUUGGGGCCAUCAUCUGCAUCAUCGCCAGCGUCCACCCGGCCGGCACCGCCGCGCCCGCCGCCGCCGCCGCCGACAAUGACUCGGCCGCCGCCGCCCUCCUGCCCGCCGCCGACAAGGGGCUGGGAGCGCUGCACGGCCCCGCCGAGGCUCUGGCCAGCGCCGGGCCGCGCCUGCCGGGGGGGCCGCCGCUCUUCAGCCGCUUCGUCUGCACCCCGCUGAGCACCGAGUGCCCGGCCACCGGCACCGGCACCGCCGCCGGCAGCGCCGCCGGCCCCGAGGAGCUGCUGGCGCUGCGGAGCGCGGCGGCCCAGCUGCGCCGCACGGCGCUGGAGCAGAAGGAGCGGAUCCGCAUGGACCAGGAGACAAUCCGGGAGCUCACCGGCAAGCUCAGCCGCUGCGAGGGCGGCCUGCGGAGCCCCCCCGCCGCCGCGCCCCCCGGCGCCGCCGGACUCCGCGCCGCCCCGCGCCCCGGCACCAUGGGCCACCCUCCCGACGAGCCGCCCGCCGUGCGGGAGCUGGAGGAGGCUGUCCGCACCCUCCAGGACCGAAUCGACCGGAUAGAGCAGGAACUGCCAGCCCGCACCAAUGGCUCAGCACCCACUGCCCCGGCACUUGCCCGUGAUGCCCUCCACACCAAGAUGGAGCAGCUGGAGGAGCAGCUCCUUUCCAAGAUCCUGACCCUGCAGAAGGAGCGCCAGGCCGCCAGCACUGACCACAGCCAGCAGCAGCACAACAUUGAGAAGGAGCUGAACUCCCUCCAGAACCGAGUGACGGAGCUGGAGCAUGGACCACUGGGCUACAGCCCUCCUGAUGCCUUCAAGGUGACCAUCCCGGUGCAGAACAACUACAUGUAUGCCCGUGUGAAGAAGAGCCUGCCAGAGCUGUACGCCUUCACCAUCUGCAUGUGGCUGAAGUCCAAGGCCCUGGCAGGCAUCGGCACCCCGUUCUCCUACUCUGUCCCGAGCCAAGCCAACGAGAUUGUGCUAUUGGAGUGGGGCUCCAACCCCCUGGAGCUGCUCAUCAAUGACAAGGUUGCCCAGCUGCCGCUGAGUCUGAAGGACAAGGCCUGGCACCACGUCUGCGUGGCAUGGACCACCCGGGACGGCAAGUGGUCAGCGUACCAGGAUGGUGAACAGAGGGGUGCCGGUGAGAACCUGGCCUCCUGGCAUUCCAUCAGGCCCCAGGGCGUCAUCAUCCUGGGUCAGGAGCAGGACACCCUGGGGGGCCGCUUUGAUGCCACACAGGCCUUCGUGGGAGAGCUGGCGCAGUUUGGCGUGUGGGACCACAUGCUGGCACCAGCAGAGAUCCUGGGCUUGGCUAACUGCACCUCCCACCUCCAAGGGAAUGUGAUCCAGUGGGAUGACCAGGCAGUGGAGGUCUUUGGAGGUGCCAGCAAGGCGGGCUUUGCAGCCUGCCAGGAAGGGAGGAAGGCAUGAGUGGCCCCCAGCCCUGUCCCCAGCACCAAGGAGCCCGGUGGCAGCCCUGCAGCAGGGAGCCCCUUUCUCCCCUCCCAGGCCAGUAAGCCUUGCCAGGGCAAUGCUUGAGCCCCCCAUGCUGGUGUCCCAGGAGGGAGGGGGCCCCUGGAAGCCUCCCUGUUGUCCCUGUGCUGUGGCUUGUCCUCAUUCCUGGCAGGCUGGCUCCUGAGUCUCAUCUUGCCCCACUUCUUUUUUGGGUGGAACUCGCUGUACCUGCAGGUGUCCCUGGUACGGUGAGGGUCGUUACCUUGUCAGACUUAACAGGGAGUGGGAAGGAAAACUCCAUCCACUUUGAGUGCAGUCCAGCCUCAGUGGGAUGCCAGGGUGCAGGCAUCACCUGAACACAUCUCCUUUCCUUAUUUAUUUCUAGCAACCUCACUGUCCAGUUUUAUGAGCCUGCAUUCCAGGAUCUCACCUCUAGCCCCAUCCUUCUCCUGCUGCCCUGGUUUUUCAAAUGUGGCCCCAGGGGAGCUGAGGGAGAAUGGCAGAGAAUCAGUGGCACAGCACUUACCCCCCUGCACCCCUUUCCCUGCCCCUGCUGCCUGUUUGGGCAGGUCUGCCCGUGGGAAGCCAAGCUUGCAUCUCCCCCAGCGCUGGCCGAGGGGGAAAGAGUGCAACACUGCCAUCGAAGGGAGCAAAAGCAAGAAAAAGAGAGAUGGAGGAUGGUGGCAGUCAGAGGAAUCCUGCCGUCCAUCUCCCAGUCUUUUGGUACUGGAUUGGACUACUGCCCUUGGUUCCACCCAGGUCCCCUUUAGUUGCUCCUUGCCAGGAACAGGGCUACCACUGGCUUUGAAGCUGGGAGGGUGAAAGAGCAGGCUGGUGUUUUCCCUGUGGAGUGCCUGAGAAUCCGCUGUUUCCACAUUGCGUGGUCACCAGUAUCUCGAUGUGUGCGUGUGUGUGUGCAUGUGUGUGUGUGCGUGUGUGUGUCUGUCUGGGGGUGGGAGGGUUAUUUCAGGGCUCUCAUGGUUGCUCAAUGCAGUGUUCAGCUUCCAGUGUUCCCCCUACCCCAAGUCCCACUUUGGGUGACAGCUGCCCCCUCCUCUGGGGGAGACAAAGCUGGCAGAAGGGACAGCCCUGCCACCCCCCAUCCCCCCACCCAGGGUCUCUUCCAGUGCUGGGGUGGCUCAGCCCACUGGGAAUGACAUGGCGGGAUGGUGCCAAGUGGGAACACUGUGACCUUCAUGCACCCUGAAGAGCUGCCCCUCUCCCUCCCUCCCUCCCUCCCUCCCUCCCUCGCUCGCUCGCGCGCUUUCUCCAAUGCACGUUUGUGAAAAGGGCCCUGACGCGUGCCCGUGUUGGGACGUUUCUUUUGUAAAGCUGAUCGUGAACAAUAAACGUGAUGUUUUCUGUUC